AUGUGGGGACAUAGGGUAGUGGUGCCGUACAAACUUCAGGCGAAUUUUGCAGGAGCUACACGAGACACAUAUGGGAAUAGUAAAAACGAAGAGUGUCGCGCGCAGCUACGUGUGGUGGCCGGGGGUGGACGAGGCAGUGGAGCGGCAGUGCGCCGCGUGCGCCACUUGCGCCAAGUAGCGGACGCUCCGCGUGCACACCAAACGCGCUCGUGGCCCUGGCCGAAUAAGCCAUGGUCUAGAAUACAUCUCGAUUUUUUAGGGCCAAUGGGAGGUGUUAAGUAUUUAGUGAUAGUAGAUGCUUGUUCAAAGUGGGUAGAAGCGAUCAAAAUGAAGUCUACUACAGCUUCACAAGUUAUAUAUAAAUUAAGAGAUUUAUUUUCUAGAUACGGAAUUCCUAAGCAGAUAGUGAGCGAUAACGGACCGCCUUUUUCGAGCGAGGAACUUAUGCAUUUCUGUAAAUUUAACGGUAUAGAACAUCUAUUUUCAGCUGUAUAUCAUCCUGCGUCUAAUGGGGCGGCUGAAAAUGCGGUUAAAUUGUGCAAAAAGGUGAUUAAAAAAGCGAUAUUACAAAAGGUAGAACCGGAAACUGCAUUGAAUCGAUUUCUUUUGAUGUAUAGAAAUACAAUACAUAAUACUACGGGUGACAGUCCGGCUCAAUUAUUUUUAGGUAGAUCCAUUAGAACGCGUUUGGAUUGUUUAAGACCUGAUAGGGAGAAACACGUGUCAACAGCACAACGCAAACAGGAACUGGCGGCUAGGGGGACACAGAGGUAUUUCGAAGUGGGUGAUAGGGUAUGGUAUAGACAGUUCGGCACAAAAACCAAAUGGGGAGAAGGUAUAAUAUUGGAAAAAUUAGGCAGCACUGAUUAUAAUAUUCAAACUAAGGACAAGUCCAUUAAACACAGGCACAUAGAUCAAUUGAAAAGGCACGAUAUAGACACACAAACUAACGGUAACACGGAACGUAAGGAUUCAUGGCUGUGUCCAGAAUUGCUAUCUUUGCCUAUCCCGGGUGAAAGUGAGGGGUCGGAGGGCUCGAGGGUGCCGCUAGCGGGGCGGGCGGCCAGUCCGGCAGAAUGGGGGAGUGCCAGGGAGCGUAGGCUACCAGUCCGUUAUGGAUUGGAUGAAUAUGUAACGAUCUGGAAUCAAACAUAA